GAUAAAUUACAUUUUCUUGUCUCUGGCUGAGAUCAUACCACUUCACCGUUCUGCCGAUAACCGCCCAAGCGCGAGGUGCGAUUCAACAUGUCGGUUCCCGAGAAGUUCACUGGCUUCCAGGUCCACAGCGCGGAAACCUGGCUGGAGUUCCACAAGAACGAGUUCCAGCCGAAGCCGUUUGGCGACUAUGAUGUCGACAUCAAGAUCGAGUGCUGCGGCGUCUGCGGGAGCGAUUUGCACACCAUCAGCGGCGGCUGGGGCGAACAGCACUACCCCCUCGCUGUCGGCCAUGAGAUCGUCGGGACGGCCAUCCGUGUAGGGCCCAAGGUGACCUUGAUCAAGCCGGGCCAGCGUGUGGGAGUCGGCGCGCAGAGCUACUCCUGCCUCGAGUGCCGUCAGUGCAAGAACGAUAACGAGACAUACUGCCUGAAGCAGCUCGACACCUACGGCGCCGUUUGGCCCGACACCGGCAUCGUUUCGCAGGGUGGCUACUCUUCCCAUGUCCGGACACACGAGCACUGGGUCUUCCCGAUUCCCGACGCGCUUCCCAGCACCAUCGCGGCGCCCAUGCUCUGCGCCGGCCUGACUGCCUACUCCCCAUUAGUUCGCAACGGUUGCGGGCCGGGGAAGAAGGUCGGCAUUGUGGGACUGGGCGGCAUCGGUCACUUGGGCGUGCUGUUUGCGAAGGCGCUCGGCGCCGAGGUCUGGGCGAUCAGCAGGACGCAUGCCAAGGAAGAGGACGCGCGCAAGAUGGGCGCCGAUGGGUUCCUGGCGACGGCGGACAAGGAUUGGAACAAGCCGCACGUCAUGACGUUCGACCUGAUCAUCAACACGGCCAACAGCUUUGAGGGCUUCGACCUCGACGCCUACCUGAGCCUGCUCGACGUGCACGGCAGGUGGGUGAGCGUCGGCCUGCCCGAGGGCGACGGCAUCAAGGUCCGGAACCAGCAGUUCCUCAAGAACGGCUGCUUCAUUGGCAGCUCGCACCUCGGCAGCAGGAAGGAGACCCUCGAGAUGCUGCAGCUGGCGGCCGACAAGGGGAUCAAGACGUGGGUUGAGGAGGUGCCCAUCAACGAGAAGAACCUGGCGACCAUCAUGCAACGGCUGCACAAGAACGACGUCAAGUACCGGUUCUGCCUGACCAACUACGCGGAGCAGUUCGGGGCAUAAUUAGAGCGAACGGGCGCGCGUAUGUGUCGACGACGUGUAUUUACUAUAAUAUAGAGAGAGCAACUACGCUACAGCAAUGCAUAUCCAGUCAUGC